AUGAGGAGGAGAGCGGGUGCACAAAAGUCAGUUGGUGCCGGUGACGCAGGAGACUGGAUGCAGCUGGGAACUGCUGAACACAGCCAGCCCCGGGAGCGCCCAGAGAAGACGCGGUCGGGAGCCCGGAGUCUGCACGGUACCUGCCAGCUAUCCUUCCAGGCAUCGGGAGGAGAGGAGGAGAUCACGCUGAGGUAUCGGCAGACAGCUGAGCUGCGCCUGGUGUUCGCUGAGCCUUCAUCCUCUCUUCCGACGUGCCAGGCGAAAAGACACAUUGUGUUCCUAAAGACGCACAAAACGGCUUCGAGCAGCGUUCUGAACCUACUGCACCGCUAUGGAGACAGGAACAGAUUAAUCUUCGCUCUGCCCUUCAAACACCAAUUCGACUAUCCCAGCCUCUUCCACCGUCACAGCGUGAAAGGGUAUGAUUCUCCAAUGAGGCCGACCUAUGACAUCAUCUGUCACCACAUGCGCUUCAAACUAUCAGAGGUUCAGAAGGUCAUGCCAUCAGACUCCUUCUAUUUCACAAUUCUUCGAGAUCCAGCUACGGUGGCAGAGUCCGCCUUCUCCUACUAUCGUUCCUUAUCACCUGCAUUCAAGAAGGCGCCUAAUUUUACUGCAUUUAUUUCCCAUCCAUCACACUACUAUCAACAGGGAGUGACAAACCACCAUUAUGCACACAACCUAUUGUGGUUUGACCUAGGAUAUGACCCAGAUGCCCUCUUUACAGAAGAUCUGGCUAGAGCAGUAGCUCAGACAGUGGAAAGGACUUUUAAGUUGGUCCUUCUAACUGAGCACUUUGAUGAAUCCAUGAUCUUAUUGAAAGAGGAGCUCUGUUGGGAGCUUGAUGAUGUGGAGACCUUUAAACUCAACAUGCGUGAGGCCUCUAGGCCACUGGAGCAAAGAGAGGUUGAGCAACUGAGGGCAUGGAAUUCUCUUGACUGGUACCUCUAUUCUUACUUUAACCGUACAUUCUGGGAGAAAGUGGAACGUUUUGGGAGUGAAAAGAUGGACAAUGAGGUGAAGAGGUUGAGCGAAAGGAGACAGCAGUUGGCUGAACUGUGCCUUGAUAGUCUGGAGCCUGUUAGACCAGAAGACAUUAAAGGAGACGGUAUUGAGCCCUAUCAAUCUGGAGAGCAGAAGAUCCUAGGUUGGGAUGUAAAGACAAAGCUUUCACUCCAAGAUCAUCUACGUUGUAUUCAAAUGGUGACUCCAGAGUUGCAGUACAUAAAUCUCUUAAGGGGGGUACUCACGGAAUGAUAUUCUAAGCCAGGCCUGGCCAACCUGUGGCUCUCCAGAUGUUGUGAAACUACACAUCCCAGCAUGCCCUGCCAGAGUUUUAGC